CUUUAAUGAAAGGUCGCGGCAGUCUGAAACCGAAUACUUUGAGAAGCCGCCUGUUUCUGACACCAUUGUUCCCACCCCGAUGGCCUCCGCAUUUCGAAAUAUGUUUGAUGACUCUUUAACUCGCUCCUGGACUAUGCUUCGUCAAGUAACAAAGCAUGGAUUUAUUACGUCAGAUAAUGUGCACAUAAGGGGAUCUGUCGUGUUACUGAAUGGGGAACUUUUUUUAUGGGACGUUCCUCAGGGUGUUGGGCAUGGCAAAGGCGAAUCGGGCGGCUGGAAGGAGUUUUCUAAACCACAAAUUCCAAUCCUAGAAUUUUUGAUCUUUGGUACGGGAAAAACGUUUGUCCCCAUCCCUUCGAGACUGCGCGAUUACAUUUAUAACUUGGGAUUACAAAUAGAUUGCCAGGACACGGAAGCUGAUUAUCUGUUGUUUUAUCAGGAUAACGCUUUGACCACUUUCAACGUUUUGGCUGAAGAAGGACGAAAUGUCGCAGCCGUACUCUUACCGAUUCAUCCCACGAGCGCUCGGACGGAAAAUCGCAUGAAAGAAGAAUUCGGUUCGACCGAUAAGUCGGAGGACCAACCCGCCGCUGACUAUGCUUUCCUUAAUACUCCUAGUGCGGAAGGAAGGUUGGGAAAAACCAACUUCAUCCACUUCCAAUCCCAACCUUCCCGGCCAACGAAGUUGUCCAAAAGAGGUGGAGUUAUUAGUCCACGUUUCCACCACACUGCCGUAGUCAUUGGUAGCAAUGUUUUUAUGAUUGGUGGACAAAGUUCUUUAGAUAAUUCCACCGCUUUACCGACAACCUUGCUUGUUAUGAGCUCUUCAACGUUGGUCGUGAACGAACAGAAUUCGGCAAAAGUUUCCGUAGCUGGUCACGGAGCUGUUCCAACAGGUGGCUCAAAAGUUCUGAUAUUGUUCGGCGAGAAGUCAGUGACGCCCCCUACGUUGGCGGGUCCUGUCCAGCAGAUUGAUGUUCAAACAGGUACCCUGAAUGCUUUGAACGUCAUAGGUACAGCUCCUUCAGCUCGGUAUGCCCACACUGCCGCCUUGGUCGAUAAUAAAGUCUAUGUAAUAGGCGGAAUGAAUGCAAGUAGUGUGCUCGGAGAUGUCUCUUAUGUAGACCUUUCGUCAAACAGUUGGAACCUAAUUAAUAUCCCUUGGCAAGCCGUUGCCGGACAUUCGACAGCUGUAAUUGACAAAUAUUUAAUAACUUGUUUUGGCUUCAACAACAAGCUUGAACUCCAAAAUGAUUGUAGUGUUUUUGACACCACAAAUAAUGUUUAUGUUAAAUCCGAAGUUUCUGGAAAUCCUCCUCCACCACGUUCCUACUCAUCAAUGGUUUCCCAGGGAAGCGGUCACAAAAUAUUAUACAUAUUUGGUGGACUCGACAAAUCUACCCACGGGUAUAAUGACCUUUACACCUUGGAUGCAACGAAUUUACCAAUUUUGACCUGGUCGCCUGUGUCCAUGAAUGCGAAUUCAAAUCCGGGCCUAAUACCUUCACCUCGAGGUGCUCACAGUGCAGCCAUACUGUCCGACAUAAUGUUGGUUUGGGGUGGCUAUUCAGGCGCGAAUCUAUCCGAUGCCAGAACUUAUCUCUUUGACAUUAAAGUCAACGCAUGGGUCGAUGCAAAAACAGCCGAAACCCAAAAUGACCCUUACAUUCGUCCCGGCGGUCAGCUCGGUAGUAAUCCCGAUCUCCCAACUAAUAACGAAGACAAGAAGAUUCAAACAAAAGAUGUGCCAACCCUUGAAUCGACAACUUCAGAAUUAGUACCAACAACAUCACCAACGCAAACACGGUCAUCGACUGAGAAAGAGUCUAAGAAAUCUGAUGAUUCAAUAAUUCCCUCAGGCACGUCUCCAUCAAUCAAACAAAUUAAACGUAUGUCCACAGAUUCACAGAGAACGAAACGAACACAUAAACGUACCUCAUCAGUUUCGUUAACUCCGGCCGAUUUGGCAAAUAUCACUCGACCCCGUUCGUACGUGCAUCACAAAUCGUCGUUGUCCACCAGUAGCAUUAGCAAUUCCACCAACCGUUCGUCGUUUUUGUCUAGCACGUUUGACCCAACACCAAGUAGGAACAGUUUAUCCACCACCAUCACCCCAUUAGAUUCGCCUACUUUUGAAAAAGGUAAUCGAUGUGAUUCAAGAGCCACAUCCAAAUCCGUAAACUCUAUGCAGUGGGUUGGGUUCAAUAGUCACAUGAUUGACGAACGAGAAAAGGAGAGAUUCUCGUUGCAUGUAAGAAAUGGUACUGGUCGUAAAAGUGUGGGCUCAGAUGAUGGUGGAUAUGUGAUUCGCGGCGACUAUAUUGAUACCACCGAUAGACGCUCCUAUGGUGGAGACUUCUUUGAUCACGAAGAUAUCAUUUCCGCAUAUGACCCUCAGAAAAGAAGAAUCAAUCUUCGAAAUACACUUGGAAGAAAUUUCAUAAAUGCUAUUCCCGAAAAGGAAGACACCACCUUCGAAGAAGUAAAAGGUCAUGAUAACACCAGCUCUAAGUAUGAUACACGAGAGAGUGAUAUUGUUGACAAGUAUGCACACCAAAAUCCAGAUGACGAGGACGAGAGAAGCUCAAAAAAAUCAAAAAGGUCAUCCAAGAGAACUAGUCGGGUUUCCUUUGCGCUCAGAAAUGAAAAAAUUGAAUUUGAUGAGACCGAGUCUUCAAAGAGUGUAUCCCUGGCUCGUACUUCGGGACGAACCCCGAGUCAAAGUAGCGGAUCCAGUAGCGAAACACCGUCGAUAAUUGAGGAGGAAGGUGAACUCCUGGAAUCGAUGACUCCUAAAGCUAGCACUUUGACGCUAAAAACCCUUCACCUUUAUGAAAAUGACAAAGACGAAUUUGACCUAAAUGGAGGUCGUCUAAGUCGGUUCUCUUUAAGUAUAUUUGAUAUCGGCAAGGAGCAAUCUACGUCUCAUGAGGCAGUUUCUCAAGCCCCUGGAUCAACAACAGAACGUACCAAAUCAUCGGAGGUUCGCCAUAGCAUCAAGGAACUUAUGAUGGACCAAGGAGUCUUGUGGGCCAUACAAGACAUGGAUUAA